AUGUACAUCAUUCUCUACUACCUCGUCACCCAGCUCCCUGACUCCCUUCGCUCGGUCAGGGACCACUUCCCCUCCCUUUACCCCACCACGCUCACCGUUGACCUCCUCAAGGAGCGCCUCCUUGCGGUAGAGAAAAGUAUAGUCGCUGUAGGAGCCUCUCGUGGUGACCCUCGUUCCCCUUUCUUAGAGGGGUGCUCCCCCCUUCCCCUUUUGCCUUCUGUUGCCUCUCCUGCUGUUGUCGACCUCAUUGGCACCGAGCCGGUCGGCGCUGCGUCUGCUUCUAGCGGGAGGCGCCGCAGCGGCAGGAGCAAGGGGGGCAAGGGUGUUGGAGGAGAUAGUGGGGGUGGCGGUGGUGGCGGUGGAGGCGGCGGAGGGGGUGGGGGUGGAGGCCAGCGCAGUGGGGAGACAUGCGGGGGGCCGCACGCCACGCACCGCUGUUUUGGCCGCCUGACUAACGCCUGGCGUGCACAGUUUCCUGACGCCACGGAGCUCCCUCGCUCGCUGGGGUGA